GAAUUAUAAAACCCAUUAGCGCAUGAGAGUAUCUUCUUAAGGCUCUAACGGUGCUGCGGCAUCUCUCAUUACAGCCACACAGAAGAACAACCGGAGAAAGCUGCGUGGGUAUUUUACCUUUCCAUUUAAAAUAUCUACGCAGCCGCUCUGCUUGUAUAUUCAAGAAUUGCUAUCUUACGUCAACUGCGAGUUAUUCGGAUCUUGGAAAUUUGCAUUACAGGUGAACCACUAUGGAGCUGUACAACAAAGACAUAUUUUCUGAUGAUAUCCUGCCUGUUGUCAUUGUUGGUAAUGGACCAUCAGGGAUUUGUCUCUCUUAUUUGCUGUCGGGAUACACACCUUACCUUUCCCCCGAUGGCUUCCAUCCCAACCCAAUUUUGCAUAACAAGCUGAAAGAGAAUCCUCAUCUGUCUUUGUUUGACCAGGAUCUGGAGUACCUGUGUGAGGGUGUAGAAGGGCGUUCAUCAAACCCUGUGGCUGUGCUGUUCGACGCCCUCCUUCUUCCAGAUGGUGACUUUGGGGUGGAGUGCGCCUCCCCGCUGAUAUGGAGACAUGAGCCAGAAAGGGCCACACCUCACCUAGUGCUGGGGAAGGGACCACCUGGAGGGGCCUGGCAUGCGAUGGAGGGCUCAAUGCUGACACUCAGCUUGGCUAACUGGAUGGAACUUCCUGGUGUGAAGCUGAAGGAAUGGAUGAGAGAUAAACGAAGAAAUCUACGUAAUGACCGGGCCACACCAGCUGAGAUUGCCUCGUACUAUCAGCACUAUGUGACUAAAAUGGGUCUGGAGAAGAGCUUUGCUUGCGGCACCACCGUGACCUCAGUGUCUCGUGUUUCCCUUGAAUCUGGCCGCUCCGUUUGGAAGAUCCAAGGCCUCCAGAAAAGAGCAAGCAGUGGUGAAGAAAUUGAAGUCCCUUUCGCGGUCUAUGCCGAGAAUGUGGUGCUUGCCACAGGGACCCACGACAUCCCUGCCCGUCUCGACGUGGAAGGUGAAAACCUUCCUUUCGUUUGCCACAGCUUCUGGGAGCUGGAAGCUGCCAUUUCGUCAGGCCGCUUGGACAGCGCUUCAGAGCCGGUUCUUGUGGUCGGUGCUGGGUUGACGGCAGCAGAUGCCGUUCUCGCAGCUCACCACUUAAACACUCCUGUAUAUCACGCCUUUAGACGACCUGUGAGCGAUCCGGCACUCAUCUUCAACCAGCUGCCCAAGCUCCUCUACCCAGAGUACCACAAAGUGCAUCAAAUGAUGAGCCAACAACAGUGCAAAGGGGGUGAGACGGUGGCCAAUCUGUCCAACCAGCCUCUUUCUUCACCUGCUGAUGGCAACUGUUAUCCUGGUUACCUCAGUUUCCCAAAGCACCAUGUGGCUGCCUUCAGAUCUGAUGGCAAGUGUGUGCUUGAGGAUGAGGGAGGGAAACAGACUGUGCUGCAAGUCUCAAUGGCGCUCGUUUUGAUUGGUGCCCAUCCCAACCUGUCAUUCCUCCCCGAACAUGGUGGUCCGCUGGCGUUGGACUCGGAAGAGCCAAUCAGUUGCCGGCGGAACCCGCUAGACGUGGAUCCAUACACGUAUGAGUGUGUGAAGGAGCCUGGGAUGUAUGCCAUGGGUCCGCUGGUGGGUGAGAACUUUGUGCGGUUUCUGAAAGGUGGAGCUUUGGCCAUUGUGUGUGAUAUCGCCCGAAAACGAAGUAAAAAACGUCAAGAGAAUUGCACAGCGAGCUCAUUGAAUAUUCAACUGACUAACUGUACACUGGAAGCAUGAAAAGACUUUGACUUUUAAGGGGUGAAAAGAGUUUUGAUAUACGUGACCCUGGACCACAAAACAAGUGUUAAAUGUAAAAUUAGUCAAAAUUGAGAUUUAUACAUCAUCUGAAAGCUGAAUAAAUAAUAGUUUCAUUGAUGUAUAGAUUGGACAAUAUUUUGCCGAGAUGCAAAUAUUUGAAAAUCUGGAAUCUGAGGUGGCAAAAAAAACGAAAUACUGAGAAAAUCAUCAUUAAAGUCCUUAGCAAUGCAUAUUACUAAUCAAAAACUGAAGUUAUUAAUGGUAGGAAAUUUACAAAAUAUAUUCAUGGCACAUAAUCUUAAUAUCCUAAAGAUUUUGACCCAUACAAUGUAUUUUUGGCUAUAGCAACUUAAGACUGGUUUUGUGCUCCUUGGUCACACAUAGCUAUCUAUUCCAGAAUCCACAUGUAUGUCAGAAAAUGCUCAGUGGUUCUGCUCCAACUGACACAAAGGAAUCAGUUGUUGAACAGUUCAUGACCGUUCCCACAUCCCACAGCGCACGGACACAUUUUUUUGUUGUUAAUGUCUAACUAACCCACCUCUGAACAUUAAUCUGAGUCUUCAGACACAUGGUGCUUUAACACUUCAGGGAUUUAUUUUUCCAUGGCUGCUCACUCGAAACACUACUCCUGUUCUCACAGCAAUCAUGUUCUGUUGUGCCAAAUUAACUUUUGUAGGCUCAGUGUUUUCAAAUCUAAUAUUUCCUUCAUGUAAGGAAAACACAAAACUUAUCUUUGCCAAGCAAAUGCUGCUGUUGUAUCAAUGGUGGUACUAACCCUCUUACUGUCUUCUUCAGUGAAUGUAGAAAUCAUAGUGGACCUGAAAAAUCAGAAAGAUCAUUGUAGUUUCUUCUUCUUGUCUCCCGUACAUUGCCUUCAAUUGUAGUGAAUCCUCGGUUAUACCAGCAAACCAGACUUGAGUGUCUAGAAUUAGGGCUCUUUAAAGUUUAAGACGUCCUUGUUGCAUGAUGCUGUUACAAACCUAAAGCCAAGCUCAGUGAGGUCCGGCUGCUCUUACAAAACUGACCACAAGAGGGCCUUUGCACGCCGUGAGUGAAGCCAGCAACAUUGCAUCAGACAUGAUCUAUCAUGACGUUAUUUGAAUUAAUUAUUAAUCCUCCAUAAGCUUAUUCAACGUUGUGUUAACCGACAUGGGCCAAAUAUAUGACCUAGAGGACCUUUUGAUGCAAUGAUUGCAAAAUCAAAACAAAUGCAUAUAUUGUUCCUUCAAGAAGAUUAUUCAUGAUUAUGAUGCAACCUCCUUUUUUUUUUUUUAUCUAAAAACUAUUACUGCUGCAUUAAUUGCGUGUAAGUUAUGAACCCCGGCAGCUCUGAUAAAACAUGUUUGUACUUUUUUAUGUAUAGUUUAUCUACAUGCGUUGUUGCAGUCAAAUACUUUUUUUUUAAAAUAAUAAACUGGAGCCUGAAAACAA